AUCUGGUCUCAAGGCAACGGCAACGGCAACUGCAACCAAUGGCAGCGCGGCGGCUGCUCCUGCUCGUCUUCGUCGUCCUCCUCCUCGUCGGCCGGCAACCGGACGCUGCUGGUGUCGUUCCUCCUGGCGGGGCAGUCCAACAUGGGCGCCACGAGCGGCGGCAGCUGGGACGUGCCGCCCGAGUGCGCGCCCUCGCCGCGCAUCCUCCGCCUCUCCCCGGAGCUCCGGUGGGAGGAGGCCCGCGAGCCGCUGCACCGGGGCAUCGACCUCCACAACGUGCUGGGCGUCGGCCCCGGGAUGCCCUUCGCCCACGCCGUCCUGCGCUCGCGGCGCCUCCCGCCGCACGCCGCCGUCGGCAGGGCAAGUUCAUGGACCUGGUCAGGGAGGCUCAGAGGCGGGUGCUCAGCAGCGUGGGCAACCCCAUUACUCCAACACGUGGACGCCAAGGGCCUGGCCGUGGCCAAGGACUACACGCACCUCACCACGCCGCCUCAGGUGAAGCUCGGCACCAUGCUAGCCAACUCCUACCUAGCCACGCUCGCUGCUAAAUUAAGCUCAUUAGUCAGGAACCAAAACCAAUUAAGUGGGAGUCUUGUUAUGUCAAUUUGUGCAAAGCAAUCAGCGUUGUCAACACCAGCAAGCACAAUUUGUUUAUUUAUUUAUUUAUUUAUUUAUUACUGAAGUAGCAGUUCCUCUGCUAGCAGCUAGAUGAGCGAGACACACUACUA